AUGGGUUCUGUUGCUCCUCACGUUGCUGAGCUCGAUGGCUCAAAAUUUAACAUCACUCGCUCCACCAACCUACGCGAUGUGCCUCUGCCCGGUUCCCCCGAGGAGCUGAGCCACUCUCACUGCACCGACCACAUGGUCACUGUGCGAUGGACUGCCGAAAAGGGCUGGGAAACCCCCGAGAUCAAGCCCUACCAGAAUCUCAGCAUCCCACCUACAGCCUCCGUCCUGCACUAUGCCACCGAGUGCUUCGAGGGCAUGAAGGUGUACCGCGGAUACGACGGCAAGCUGCGUCUAUUUCGUCCCGACUGCAACGGCGAGCGAUUGAACAGCAGCUCCCAGCGUUCAUCUCUGCCUGGUUUCAAGUACGACGAGCUGAAGAAGCUUGUUGCCAAGCUCUUGCAGAUUGACGGCCCCCGCUGGCUCCCUAACCCGGGCUCAUUCCUUUACAUCCGCCCCUCCGUCAUCGGCAACGGACCCCACCUGGGCGUCCAAGUGCCCAAGGAAGCCCUCAUGUUCAUCAUUGCCGUCCCCUGGCCCGACUUUACCAAGAUGAAGAAGGACCCCACAGAAGCCCCCAAGAAGGGCCUGAAGCUCUUCGCCUCCUCGCCGGAUACCAUCCGCGCCUGGCCCGGCGGUUUCGGCUACGCCAAGCUCGGCGCCAACUACGGCCCUUCCCUGCAGGCCCACGGCCAGGCCCAGGUCCAGGGCUUCGAUCAGAUCUUGUGGCUUUUCGGACAGGAUCGCCAGGUCACAGAGGCUGGCGCCAGUAACUUCUUCAUUAUCUGGAAAAAUGCAGACACCGGCAAGUUGGAGCUUGUUACCGCUCCCCUGGGCAACCAGCUUAUUCUGCCUGGUGUUACCCGCCGCAGUGUAUUGGAGCUUGUGCGCGAGAGAAUGGCUGAGAACUUCGUCGGCAAGCUUGCGCCGCUGGAGGUUGUGGAGCGCACUUUCACUGUCGAUGAGAUUGAGAAGGCUUCGAAGGAGGGCCGUAUCGUCGAGUCUUUCGUCUCGGGCACUGCUUACUUUAUUACCCCUGUUGCCAUGAUCCGCAAUGAGAACACCGAUAUCAGCACCCUGGGCGUGGAUGGCGAGCCUGCUGGCUAUGCUGCGCAGAUCAAGUCCUGGCUCGAGGUUAUCAUGUUCGGAAAGGAGGAGCAUGAAUGGGCCUACACUAUCGAGGAGGAGAAAUAG